AUGAUGUAUGAUGACAAGCGUCCCGGUUCAGUGCUUUUGUAUUCAUGUGUCAAUGUGGAUAUCCAUCCCUCCCGUAUGUUGCAAGUGUCGAGAGUAUCAGAAAGUCUCCCAGUUUUUCCGUCGAAAGCUUUGCGCACUUCUAUUUCCUCAAGUGCACGAUUUUUCGCUAACGAAUGGUUAGUCGUCGUUGCCGGAAACAAGUUGUUUUUAUGGAAGUACAUCAGAUCUUCAAACACACAACCUCAUUCUUCAUGCAUGAGCUUUGAUUUACCUGCUAGUGAUCUUCCACAUAGUGCUUCACUUAUUGGCUUAUUAUUCCCUUCAAACGAUUCAGAAACAUCACCAUCGCCCACAGGUUGCUUAGCCCUUAGUUCUUGUGGUGGUAAUUUGCGUUUGUGGCCUCGAUUAAUGCGUAACUAUGUCCAUGUUGAUUCUGUGCUACCGGCCCCCAUUGGUGGUUUAUUUGGAGACCAAGCAAUACAGUUAGAGCAUAUUCAUGUAUCUGGUGCAUUUAUUGUCGCCACUCGAACUGGUCAUCUUAUUCUCAUUGAUACACGUAAUCCUCAGGACAAUGUAAUUACCCGUUUACUAACCAAUACAAAUGAUGGAAGCCUACGUUCACAAGGUUUGCUAUCUGGAUUAGGCCGUCGCGUUUCGAAUUUUUUCAGUUUGGUUUCUUCAACCACAACCAAUGGUCCAGGGAAAUCAUUACCAGCUCGCGGUGGUGAAAAUUUUGUAUUUAUUCGUUUAAUCUCAUGUACACCAUCCUCAUCAUCCGAUAAUGAUAAAUGUCUUUGUUUUGCGCUGUAUAAAAACCAAUUAGACAUUUGGUCAAUUCAUCAGAAUUUGGACUUUCAGAUAGGUGGUGUUUAUACCAUUGCAUCCUUGAUCGAUUCAACUAUAGCAUUUGAAAAUGAUUCAUUAAAUUGGGAAGCUGUUGACUUUGCAAUACAAUCGAAUCGUUAUACAUCGGGUGAUCAGACUGUAGCAUAUCUACUGUUAAGUCGUACUGACCAGUCACAAUUAUCAUCAUCAAGAGAACUUCGUCUUUUAACGAUAAAAUUUAAUCAACUUGAAUCAUCUCUUUGUUUUGUAAUUAAUAAUACUGUUGGUAUUGAAUAUCCUUUUGACGACACAGAAUUAUUCAGUUCAGAUGGGUUUAAUAUUCAAUUUUGUCUACCAACUGAUUCAAUGCCACAAUUAUAUCCCUGCUUACUAGGCUGUUUGUAUUGUAUUUGUACUGGGCAGGUGUUUAUCAUUGAAGUUUUAACUGGUCAAUUGAUUGGCAAAUUGGAAUUUGCACCAAAUUCACCAAACCAGCCACCUUGUCCACAAUCCUUAAUCACUAUCGGGAAUACAGAUAUACAUAAUCUAUUCAUCUUUUUGACUUGUCAAUUUGGUUUGUGUAGCUUAACACCAUGUAUAGAUAUUCAUACCGUCGGUAAUACUGUUAGUAGUUAUGCAAAUGAAUUAUCCAAUAAUUCAUUAGUAGAUAUGGAUCAAAUCAGUUUAACCGGUUCAGAAAUAAGCAUGAAUAAGACAACAACAGUGAUGAUGAAUAAGUCACGUUCGUGUGUUACAAGUUGUUCUACUGUAUCCUCUCAAAAAUUUAAAAAAUCAGAAUUAGAUUUUUCAAUUAUUCUCCAUACAAUUGAUAAUCAGCGUUUAAAAGUCAAUGUUUUAUUCACUACUACUGAUACAUAUAUUAUAUCAUUGACUAAUGAAUCACCAGAUAAACCAAUUCAACUCUCUCCAGUUGAUCGUUUGUUUGUUGGUCUAUCAGAAGUGGCACGAGUAUUUUGGAUGAGAUUUAAGGAACAAACAUUGAAUUAUUUGAAAUGUAUUAUUCAUGAUCAAACUGCUUGGAAACACUUUCCAUCUGUAUAUUUUCGUUUAAUUAAACGUCUAUUAAACGAACAUCCCGUAUAUGAUGCUCGUUGGCAGUGGUUAACCACACAAUUAUCCGCUACGAUUGAUUCGAUUCCAAUUCAUGAUCUUCAUUAUCUUGAGUUAGAAGGUCCUCUAACUUUCCAAUAUAUUAUCCCUGCGAAUAUUACUAAUCAUAGUAGCAAUGAUAACUAUGAUCGUUAUGGAUCUACGGACAGUUUGCUGUUACCGAUGACGCGCUUAUGUGCACGAUUAGAUGCAUUAUAUACUUUACAAGAAUUAUGGUUAUUACUGUAUCAGUUAUGUUGUUCUGAAUGUCAUCGUGAACAAUCGAAUCAAUCAAUAAAUGUCGAUCUAAUUUCAUCAGUGAAGUUAACUGAUUUACCGAAAUAUUUGGAUAUUUUAUUAAUGCCUACUAAAAUAUCCAACAAUGAUGACAAUUAUAAUACUAGUAGUAGUAGUAGUAAACAGCUCAGAAAAACACGAUCACAAAAACAUGUGAAAAUUUCACAUGUGUACCAUGAAGUUCGCAGUCUUAUGAAUGAACAAGCAUUCACCACUAAUAUCAAAGCAUAUAAUCAUGAUAAUGAUGAUGAUAUUCAUCGUCAUCUUCAUGACGAUAAUCCAAUCGAUCAUGGACAUGCUGUUAUGACGAUGAAUACAACAUUUCCCAAUUCAAAAUAUGCUUGUUGUUCCAUUGAACAUGACCAAUUAAUUGAAGAUUGUGCUGGUCGUCUAAUUCAAUCAUUAGAUGUGGAUUGUCUACUAAAAUCAGCUGAUGAUUGUCCUUUGGAUGGUGGCGAUGAUUUUGGUGAUGAUAGUGGAAAUUGGGCAGAAACACACUUUUUAUGUGGUUUACAUAUGGCUAGUGAAUUAGUUGAAUUUGCUAAAGCUUUACAAAUGAAAUUAGCCAAAGAACCUCAGUCUUUAUAUCAAUCAGUUUUUAAUGAAGUUGCUAUGAAUGCUGGAUUUACUUCGAAUUACUUACAAGUUAUUAAAUCACAAGAUGUUGUUUUACAAACAGUUACCUUAAUUCCUCAAUUAAUAAAAACUUUCUGUAAAACAAUUGACACUGAAAUGUCCGCAAUUGCUACUUCAUCAUCAUCGGAGGGAAAUUUUGUUCCAUCAGACGUUUCAACAACUAAAAAUACUGUCGAGUUCCUUAUACACAUUUCACGAUUGAUUGAGGCUGGUGUUGCUGAAAUUGUACGUUAUCGCGAAACACAUCUUCCAAAUUUAUUUAAAACAAUCGAAUCCUGUAAUCACCAAAUGAAGAAUAAGUUGUCUAAAAAAGUUUAUUAUCUGCCUUGUUGGCUUACAGAUGACGAACCAUAUGGCCUUGGGAAUAUUCUAUUAAAAUUAUUAACCUAUCUGGUUAAAGUUGGUUCAAAUAAAUUGUCGUCAUUAUCAUUGGAUGAACACGAUCAUGUUGAUCAGACAUCAGACCAAACAACUAAUCAUCAAUUAGUAAACGACUGUGUCAAUUAUGCUAUUGAUUUAAUUCGUAGUAUUUUAAGCUUAGCUAAACAACGUGUUAACUGGGCCAUUGAACAGUCAACUUGGGCUUGGUGUUCUACUAAAGAAUUAUUGUCACAUGGUGAUAAUGACGACAAUCUAGAAACUCAUCGACCGCAUAUACAUCUACCGAAUAUUAAAAAUCGUUUACAAGUAUUACAACGUUUAAGACGUUUAAAGCAUUGGUAUGCAAGCUUAAGGGAGUAUCUAAUUUCGAUUGUAGGUGAUCAAUUGCAUAGACCUGAAUCUGCAUUAGAUUUAGCUGAACAAUUUAUUGAUCGAGAUCAAAUUAUGCGUUGGUGUUAUCUACUUGAAGUACAAGAUGAACAAUAUAAUUUAAACGUUUUAGAUGAUUGUAUCGAUAAAGAUGAUGAUAAUAAUGGCUUAUCAUCAAUUGAAAUAGAUCACCGUAAUCGCUUUCACCACCAUCGUUUAGCGUCAGUUAUUAGACGUAUUCCGUCUGAAUGGAAACUUCCAGACUAUGCACUUCAAUGGUUCCUUUCUCAUGAUGAACGUGCACGAGUUCAAUCUUUUCUUUCACUAUUACAUCGUUCAAAUAAUUCACUGAAUAAGACAAUGAAUGCCACAAAUAUUCUACAUGAUACCAAUUUGCAUACUCCUACUACAGCAAAAGCUACUACUCAUACAAAUGUAAGCAGUAUACAACAAGUCAGUGAUAAUAAUUAUCAAUAUCACCAUAAACAACAUAGUUUCAUGAAUAGCUCUCAUAUUUUAGAUAAAUCUCAAUCAAUUUUAGAUGCAAAUAUCAGUAAUCAUAAUGUAACGUUAAUGAAGGUUACAAAUGUCAAUAAAUCUAUUCAUGGUAAACUACCGGAUGAUAACAAUAACGAUCCAGUGGAGAAAUUCCUGCAUCGUAAAGAUGUACAAAAUUAUGCAUGGCCUCAUUUAUUAUCUACUGGACAAUAUGAAAAGGCUUCAACUAUUUUAUAUGAAGAAGCGUGCAAAGAAUUUCAAUAUUUGGGACGUCGUAAAACUUUAUUCAGUUUAGCUAAAUUGACUUACUUAACAACAAUAAAUCAUUCUGACUCAUCGAUGAUGGAUCGAUCAUCAUCGGAAUCAAUGUUUAAUAUUAUGCACAAAGGACUAGCUGGUGCUCAAUGUGUAGAAAAGAAAGAAGCAACAAGAGAUCAACAGGAUUCAUUUUUAUUGAAAGUUAAUGCUUAUCUAGAUUGGAUCUCAUUACAGGAAUUAAUUGAUUUGAAUCAUGUUAAAUCAGAUUCGAUCUUCGACAAUAACAAUAAAACAUCUGAUGAUUCCAAUAUACGAUAUAAACCUGUAUUGUCAAUACCGGUGCUAGUUCGUUUAUCUGUAAAUUGUGCAGUAUCAUUGAGUGAAUCAGUUAAAAUUGAUCGUCAUUAUAAUGAUGACGAUAAUGAACCGGUGUCAAAUGAUGAUACGCAUUAUCUACCCGAAAUGAUUAUGCAUUUUCGACGUGCUUUCACAUUAAUUGGUAUUUUACAAAAUAUAUUAGAUUUAAGACCAAAUAAUAGUGGUUAUGAUGAUGAUGACGAUUGUCAGAAUCCAAUGACUGUACGAGAUGAGCUGUUAUUACAUAUUUGGUGUCAAGCGAUUCGAAUGGACGAAUGGUCUACUUCUGGUGAUGUUCAUGAUCCGAUUCAAAUAUGCACACAAAGUUUUAUAUGUGCCCUUGUUUCAAAUCUUUAUAAAAAUGGUGUAGAUGUAAUUUCCCUGUUACCAAGCCCAGAGCAAUUGUUUGCUGCUGAUGAAUUAACAGACCUGGUUAAAGAUCCACAAUUUCACUAUCUUAUUGAAUCUGGCUUUGAGCAUAUGCGAAAUCUCUUAACAAAACAAAACUGUAAUACAUUGCAAGAUGUUGUAAUGACUGAUGUAUGUGUAUAG